CUUCAAAUGAAACAUAGUAAUGCAAGUGACAGAGGUGUCUUCGCUUUGUAUUCCCGACCAUGCAAACAACAACCUUAACAAGAUGUUAUCAAUGGAAGAAAAAAUUACUCACUUUUCUCAUUCUUCCCCACAAACCCUUCAUUCUACUCACUCUCCCAUUUUCAACCAUUCCUUCAUCUCUCUCAUUUCAACCAACACAACACACCAUUGCCACCAUCAUCCACACUCUCUGUGACUCCAAUCGUUUCACCGAAGCCCAUCAACGUUUCUCCCUUUUCCUCUCCUCCGGUUCAAUUCCCGAUCACCGAACAUGUAACCUCCUCCUUGCUCGGUUACUCCGUUCCAAAACCCCACUUCAAACAUGGACUCUAGUCAAAUCCUUGAUCCAAACCAAACCUGGUUUUGUUCCUUCUUUGGUUAACUACAACCGUUUGAUGGACCAGUUUUGUUUGAUUCAUCGACCGUUUGAUGCUCAUAGAUUGUUUUUCGACAUGAAGAAUCGUGGGCAUUGUCCCAAUGUUGUUACUUAUACCACUUUGAUUAAUGGGUAUUGUUCAGUUGGUGGAAUAAGGGAUGCAAUUAAGGUGUUUGAUGAAAUGCUUGAAAGUGGUUUAGUGCCGAAUUCGAUGACUUAUAGUGUAUUGAUUCGCGGGUUUCUUCGGGAGAGGGAUUUGGAAAGUGGGAGAGAGUUGAUGUGCAAGUUGUGGGAGAGGAUGAAUUUGGAAGUUGAGUUGGGUGUGAAGGUUGCUGCUUUUGCAAAUUUGAUUGAUUCUUUGUGUAAAGAAGGGUUUUUUAAUGAAGUUUUUGAGAUUGCAGAAGAGAUGCCGUGUGGUAGUAGUUUGUCGGGGGAGGUGGUUUAUGGGCAGAUGAUUGAUUCAUUCUGCAAAGUUGGAAGGUAUCAUGGAGCAGCUAGGAUUGUUUAUUUGAUGAGGAAGAGAGGGUUUAUUCCGAGUGACGUGUCGUACAAUUUUAUCAUACAUGGACUAAGCAAGGAUGGUGAUUGUAUGAGAGGUUAUCAGUUGUUAGAGGAAGGAGCUGAAUUUGGAUUCUCGCUGUGCGAGCAUACUUACAUGGUAUUGGUGGAAGCUCUGUGUCGUGUAUUAGAUGUGGACAAGGCAAGGGAAGUUCUUAAACUCAUGUUGUCUAAGAAAGGUGUUGACAAGACUAGGAUUUACAACAUCUAUUUGAGAGCUCUCUGUCUUGUGAACAAUCCAACAGAGCUUUUGAAUGUGCUUGUGUUUAUGCUUGAGAGCCAGUGUGAGACCGAUGUGAUUACCCUCAACACAGUUAUCAAUGGUUUUUGCAAGAUGGGGAGGGUUGAUGAAGCUUUAAAAGUAUUGGAUGACAUGUUAUUGGGUAAAUUUUGUGCACCUGAUGUUGUGACCUUCACUACAUUGAUUUCAGGUCUAUUGGAUGCUGAAAAAGUCGAUGAAGCUUUUGAUCUGUUCAAUAAAGUGAUGCCUGAAAAUGGUUUGAAGCCUGGUGUUGUAACAUAUAAUGUUCUUAUCAGAUGCCUAUACAAACUUAAAAGACCAAAUGAUGCAUUCAGGAUUUUUAAUAACAUGGCUGGUGACGGCAUUACUCCAGAUAGUACCACUUAUACAGUUAUGGUAGAAGGCCUAUGUGAAUGUGAUCAAAUAGAAGAGGCAAAGAAUUUUUGGCAGAGUGUUAUAUGGCCUUCAGGGAUCCAUGAUAAUUUUGUUUAUGCAGCCAUUCUGAAAGGGCUAUGUGGUUCUGGCAAAUUUAACGAGGCUUGUCAUUUCUUGUAUGAAUUAGUAGAUUUUGGGGUCUUUCCAAAUAUAUAUAGCUAUAAUAUUCUGAUCAACUGUGCUUGCAAUUUAGGUUUGAAAAGAGAAGCUUACCAAAUUGUUAGAGAGAUGAAUAGGAAUGGAGUGAUCCCUGAUUGUGUGACAUGGAGGGUUCUUCACAAGUUACAAAGCAAUGUGAGGAAGCACACCUCAUCUGAACAUCUAACCUUGUCAACAGUUGAUGAGGGUGAUGACAUGGAUGAUAAAGCCAGUCAGGAUAGAAGGAAAUGGAUUUCUGCUUGUACUUCAAGUGGUGGUAAAUCAUUGGAUUUUACAAGAUAACAAUGAAGCUUGGUCAUUAAUCCCUAUCCAUGGCUGAUAAUGCAUGUUAUGAUAAAAUGUGACAUUAGGAAUAGAGUUGAAAGAGAGUAAGUUUGAGAUUAAUUUUGUUAAAGAUUAUGAAGAUACUCGGAGCGAUGUCACUGUGCUGAAUGAAAACAUGCAUUGUGGUUUUUAUAAAGAAUGUGUUGUGCAUGUAUCAACAACUAGUUUCUGACAAAAAGUCCUUUGACUCUUUAACUGUGAAGCCAAGAGAUGAACUUUUCUACACCAAGUUCAAUCCAUCAAUCACUUUGUGAUAACUAGCCACAAUUGUCAUGUCUGAUUGGAACUUCGGCGAGAUGCCAAUUUCUUGUGUCUCAAUGCAUUGCCGCCACAGAAGCCAUCUCUACUUUUAAUAUUAGUCAUAGUUUGGAAUUGUGUUCAAUCACUUCCACCACAUGAUUUGAGUUCUUUCACUGUGAAGUGUAAGAUGGUACAAACUGUAGUUUGAAUUGUACGUGCAUCUACCACUACUCGACCGUGAAUAAACACGUACUUAGGCUCGUGGUGACGGUGGAAAAUUACACAUUAAACCAUCACUACAGCGUGGAAAGGAAACAAAAGGAAAAAGAAACAGAACAUCGUAUACUCGCAUGAAUUGCAUCUCUCUAGCAUCAGCUUGAAAAUGACAGCUUAGUCCAUGAGGAGGAGUCUCAAAACUCUUCAAACAAUCAUGUUACCUUUUUCCGACCAAAAAGUUUCACAAGCAUUGCCCUCCCUAAGUGUACGAACCAACUUACAGUUCAAUCUCAAUCUGACAUGUUGCAGAUGCUUUGGUUUAUUGCAGCAUAACAUUACAUAGUCUGAUCAGGAUCUGAACGGAUAAAAAGCACAUUUGUCUUAUCGGAAUGAGAGAAUAAAUUGAGUUUAGUACGGUAACUGGUGAUUUUCAGUUGUAGGUAGGAGUUCUUAAAAAUGAAGAAACUCUGAUCAGAUUUUCUGUUGUGAACAUUGCACUCAGCUUUGAAACCAAAAUUUUGUGAACAGGCACAUGCAUAAUUUUCCUUCCUGUUUUUUAAUUGUGAACAUUUUUCACUUCAACAUUUUUCACUCAGUUUCAUUAGUUUGCCUCUAAACCUUUUAAGCCAAAAUUUGGAUACAUGCAUUUAACUUAUAACACAGGUCUUGUUUUCCUUAGGAAUCAUAACUUUGUAAUAUUUCAGCACAGCAACUUCAAAAUCUGUUUACUUGUGUAAUUUAUUUAUUUAUUUUUUCUGACGAAGCUGAAACUUUAACCUUCAAUGCUAUCUAUACUAUCACAAUUACAUGUUCUUUCAUCAGUUGCUUGCUGUGUUUAUUCAUACAAGAAAAGGAAAACAAGAAGCUUUGCCCUCUCUCUCCCAGAAAACAGCAGAAAAUACAGUUUGUCGAUUUGUCAAGUGAGUUAAAAGUUUCACAUUAGAUGAAAAAGUAGGUGUUGAGCAACAUAUAAGUGAGAUGAUAUGUGUAGCUAUUGUCUUAAAGUUUUGGGUGAUGAUGUGGUGUUCAAACCACUUAUAGCCUAAUGUGAUGAUCAUCAGAUUCCUCUUCCCCUCGGCCCUCGCAACUCAACAAAGUUUUAACACAAUUUUAAACGGAAAUCAAUUGACUAACAUAAAUAUUUGUACAUCUAUCAGUGUCAAGUAACAUAACAAAGGAGAUGUAGAAUAAAAAAUAUUGCAAGAAAAGUCAGCAUGAUGACCAAGUGAAGCAACGUAAUCAGCACACAUUAGCAUUCACCUCAAAGAUUUCGAAUGUAACACUGCGAGUGAUUAAAAAAAAAUCAAUUUAUAGAAUUAUACAGUGUGUGUCUGUGAUUGAUGGAUAAUGUCGUAACCCCUCAAGUGGCCAAAUAAAAUAUGGUAUUGGACAGUGGCUAAAUUUUUAUAAGGUUCAUAAUUUUUUCAUGCAAGGGGGCGCAAACAUUGGGUUUGAGUAAAAAAUAUUGUCACUCGCUACUUAGGGUCCGUUUGGCCUAACUUUUUUUCCUCUUCUUUUUACUUAAAAGUAAGAAGUUAGGCCAAACAACAAUUUCUAAAAGCUAUAGUAAAAAAAA